GUUUAUCUAAAGGUGUACACUGUUGACGUGUGGUGAGAUUAAAUAAUAAAAUAGGAUUGAUAAAUAAUAAUUUAAUAAUACCUAAUCAUUAUUAAUAAUUGGUGAUGUGAUAAUAGUGUUGUGUACAAUAAGUGCCGCCUGUCGGUAACAAAGUAACAAAAUGGCGGACGAAGCGCAAGGGCCUACGAUCAACAUCGGCGAUGCGAUAAAAAAAUCGAUUGCCGAAUCGAUGAAAAACAUCGAUCCGGUGGCGAUUAUGCAAAAAAUCGUCGCCAGCACACCCGAAGAGGAGGAAUCCGAUGAAGUGAGGCAGAAACUGCAAGGAGUCUUGCAGAAAUAUAACGACAUGAACGAAGAUGAUAGGGAGCAAUUUGUUAGUCAAAUGAAAGAGAUACUCGCUAAUCGAAUUACUAUGAAGAUGAAGGAUUUCAACCCGAAUCUCGAUGGUUUGCAAGAGGAGAUCGGACAGGCAAUUAUGUAUAGACUGGCGUUGUUAGGCGUUGGGGCGUUACUUCUAGUUAUCUUGUUUGUAUUCUUCGGCUACAAACUAUACAAGUCUAUAAAGGAGAAGGAAGUGAGAAGAGAAGAGAAGAAGAAGGCGAAACAGAUGAAGAAGAAGAAGUGAUAAAUGAAGACAAAAACAGACAAUGCCGAGUCACGACUAUCUACGUAUAAAACUCAACAAUUACUCAAUAGAUAGAUUUUCGAAAUGGUUCUAUAUAAUACUAUAUUUUAAAGGAGAAAAAUGAAAUUUUAAUUUAAUCAUAUAUAAUAAUUGAGUAAACUCAGUGAAAUAUAGCUAAUUAGGGACCUUAGCCAAAUUGCGAAUGAUUAUGACAAUAUAUAGUCAAAUAAUUUGAUUUGACUAGUUGGAAACUAGUAUGGAAUUUGUAUGAAAAAGCAUAUUGUGACGUCAUAGAAAACGUGAUAAAAUAACAGAUUUAUUACUUUUUUCUUGAUUAAAAUUCAUAAAUAAUCAGAUUUAGUAAUUAGAAUUUAAAAAAUUUUCUUGAACCUAGUACACGACCCAAUCGACAGUUUGUUCUUUUUACGUAACUUAUUGUAGAUUUCCGCUAAAGUUUAUAAUAAACUACUUGGCCGAACAAUUGACUAUAAAAAUGUAUGAGAUUGACAUGUCAUUUUAUGUCAGUCUCAUACAUUUUUAUAACUGUCACUGUCGAUUAUCAUAAUCGUUUGCAACUUGGCUAAGGCCAAGUUAACAUACGGCCUACUGCGAAAUUGACAUUAUGAAGACAAUUAUUGUUCUGACAGCUGUCAAAUCAGGCCAUAUUUAACAGAGUAGAAGGCGAGAAGGAAAACAUUAGAGCUUCAUAGAUAUCGUUGCAAUUAAUUAACGUAAUAGUAAGAUAAUGGUGCUAAUUCCUGUAAACACCAUCUAAUUUUAUUUUAGGUUAUAUCUGUCAUUUUCUUAUCCGCCGAAAACGAAAGGGACGGGUAAUCGACAAGCAUAAAAUUUAUGGAACACACGUCAAUUUUAAGCACAAAUCUAAAACAACCGUCUAAAAAUUCGCCCGGGUUAUUCAUUUAUUUACUCAUUCUUCCUAAAAUUAAGAGCUGUCAAUCAUCCGUCCCUUUCCUUUUCGGCGGAUAAGAAAAUGACAGGUAUAACUUAAAGUAAAAUUAAGAGAUGUCUGCAGGAAUCGGGGCCAUUGGCUCUGAUUCCAGUACACAGCAUCUAAUUUUAAUCGACAGGCAUAAAAUUUAUGGAACGCACGUAAAUUUUAGGCAGAAAUUUAAAAAAUCCUUCCAAAAUUUUUAGUUGACAGCACACGUUGAGUUGCAUUGCAUAUAAGCGAGAUGCCUAUUUUAUUCGCCCGGGUUAUUCAUUCAUUUUUAAAUUCACAGUUGUCAAGCAUCCGUCCCUUUCCUUUUCGGCGGAUUAGAAAAAGACAGGUAUAACUUAAAAUAAAAAUAGGUCUCUGCGGAAUCUGAGCCAUUAUUCGAAUUAUUUUAUUCCACAGUUAAAUUUAAUUUAUAUUUUUAAAUGCAUAAAUAUUCGGCAUAUAAAAUGACUGAUUUUGACUCCCAUAAUGUUAAUGAUAGGUAAUAAAUCGUUAAUUUAUUUCUGGUUUUCUAAGAAUUGUGUCAAAUUGUAUAUUAAAUAGCUAUUGCGUGUCAUAGAUCAUAUAUGAAAGAAAAUAUAUUUCUCUUUGAUGUAUAUUUAUUAUCUGAACCUUUCUAAGGUAAAAAUUGUACCCAGCCAAUACUAGAAGUCCGUUCUCAAAUAAUGUAGAAAAAAUAUGUCAUAAUUAUUAUAACUGCCUCCCAAAUUAAAUGAAAUUGUAAAUAAAAGAUGAGCAAAUGAUUAUCCUGUAAAUGUUUUGUGAAUUUGUGUGCAAUAAAGUGUUUUUAUUAUUAUUAUGAGCAUGUAUGGCUUAGUACCUUUGCCUAUCCUAUGGAUGAAUUAUAAGAACAAUUUUAAAAUUGCUUCGUAAAAUCUGUAUCAACCGGUAUUUAAAACGGUAAAAAGAAAAAAACAGUUAUUGGCGCCAAAUUACUUUAGCACAAAAAAGAAAAUAUGACCUAUGACGUGUAUAUUUUAUUAAAAUAACAUUUUAUCCAAACGUUACAUUAUGUAAGUAUGUGCAGAAAGUAUCGACAAUUUAUUUUUGGUCAAUUUUAUUAUAUUCGUAACAUUCCAUGUAUAAUGAUUGUGUGUAGUAUUUAUGAGUAUGUUACAUUCUGUUAAAAAAAAUAUAACUUUUACAUGA